AUGAUUCAUAGACAGCGGUUGGUCAGUAUUCUAGCUGCGAUUUCGAUCGUCACGCUGUGGUUUGUAUUUUCGUCUAAUAAACUCUCGUAUUCCACCAGCAAUGACAUCAACCCGAAUACGGACACUUCAAGUACCCAAGUUGAUGGUGCUAAAGCGCCCAAACCAGUCCUCGGCCAGGAGAAGAUAGGAAACACAAAACUUGAGUCCAUCAUGCCAUCGAUGCCUGAUCAAAAAGCUAAAGAAGAGCUAGGAAGGGCUUCUUGGAAGUAUUUCCACACAGUACUAGCCAGAUUCCCAGACGAACCUACGACCGAGGAGCGCGAGAAAUUGAGCCAGUUUUUACAAUUAUACGCCGAACUUUAUCCAUGUGGAGAGUGUUCGUAUCACUUCGUGCAAAUGCUAAAGAAGUGGCCCCCACAAACGUCUAGUAGAAUUACGGCAGCGAUGUGGGGUUGUCAUAUGCACAACCGUGUGAACGAGCAUCUAAAGAAGGACGAGUUCGAUUGUUCUAGGAUUCUGACAGAUUAUGAUUGUGGUUGCGGCGGCGAAGAUGGUAAGAUCGACGAAACCUUAAAGCUGAACAAAGUGUCGCUACAAAAAGAGGGCAAACAAGGGGGUUGA